GAAACUUUCCUGACUGGAACUUCCUGAAGCAGCUUCGUUUCACUUUUCAUUUCUGUGAACUCAAAACCCCGAUUUUGAGAGCAGCACGUAUGUUUUGAUCAACACGGUGUCGUUUAAAAACAAAGACAACACGAAGAGUGUUUAAAUACUGCUGUCCUAUGGUUGCUUUCAAGGAUAAAGUAUGACUGCCCUAGAUGCCUCAAGAAAUAUUACAGAAGGGGAGGAUGCAGCUCGAUUGCUGAGUGACGCCAUCAACUCUAGAGACAAAGAUGAAGCGACCAAAUACCUGAAUCAACUUCUGGAUCUGAAACUCCCAGUGUGUGUCAAAUUAAAUCCUGAUGCGUACUCUAAAGACAGCAUCAGGUUGAGGGUAGGAGUGGCGGACGCCGUGUCAGAUGCCCACAUACCAAUAACUGUGAUGGUACCACUUUACAUGACAAUAUCAGAACUGAAAGAAAAGAUCAGUAAUGACUAUGGCUUUCACCCAAGCCUCCAGCGCUGGGUGAUCGGGAGGCGUCUCGCCCAGGACAAAGACACCCUGUUUCAUUACGGGGUCAAAGACCACGACGAUUCAGCCUUCCUCUUCAUCCUCUCUGCACAGGCUGCCAAUCUGAGCCGCGAACAAGAGAGAAAAGAGAAAGAGGACAGACGGAUCGAUGAUAUAAUUGAAAUCAUUGAUCGCCCACCUCAUCGCCCACCAGAGCUUGUUGCCAGAGGAGCUAGUCGGCCUCCUCUACCUCCCAAACCUCAGUCAGUGGGUUGGUCUUGUCCUGGGUGCACGUUUCUGAAUAAACCGACACGUCCGGGUUGUGAGAUGUGCGGCACAGAAAGACCUGACAACUAUGUAGUGCCUGACAUGUACCAGCCGGACGAGGCAGAAACCAGGAGACUCCAGCAGGAGGAACUCGCCAGCCUGCAGUACGAGCAGUCUUUAAAUGAUGAACGGGAAAGGAAUUUCCAACAACUCCUUGAAACGGAUGCCCACAGUCUGGUGGCGAACGUGGUUGAACUGGAAUGCGCCAUCUGCUUUUGCAACAUCAUGCCAGGAGAGGGCGCUGUGCUGAGAGAGUGCCUGCAUAGCUUCUGCAGGGAGUGUCUGAAGGAAACGGUUCUUAACUGCAUGGAUGCCGAGGUGGCUUGUCCUCAUAGAGACGAUGCUUAUUCCUGUAACUGCAAACUUCAAGAUCGAGAAAUCAAAUCACUUCUCUCUCAGGACGAGUACCAGAAGUUUCUAGAGCUGAGGCUGAACAUCGCAGAGUCCCGCAGUGAGAACAGUUAUCACUGCAAGACGCCCGACUGCGCCGGCUGGUGCAUCUUUGAAGAUGAUGUGAACGAAUUCACAUGUGAUAUCUGCAACGAGACCAACUGCAUCCUCUGCAAGGCUAUUCAUAAGGGAAUGAACUGCAAGGAGUACCAGGACGACCUCCGUAUACGAGCGCAGAAUGAUGACGCAGCCCGACAGACCACACAGAUGCUGGAUCAACUCCUAAAGAACGGCGAGGCGAUGAACUGUCCUAAAUGUCAGGUGAUCGUCCAGAAGAAAGACGGCUGUGACUGGAUCUGUUGUCUGAUGUGUAAAACCGAGAUCUGCUGGGUGACUAAACAAGCCCGAUGGGGACCUCAGGGUGCUGGAGACAUAUCAGGCGGUUGCAAAUGUCGAGUCAACGGAGUCCUCUGCCAUCCGCGUUGCCAGAACUGCCACUGAACACCAGCGGUCUUGCUAAUUUAACAAGCAAAAACCUCCGCUACAGAAACAAAACACUCACCAAACUCCUUAAAAUAAACGUACAGUUUGCGAUUAUAGCUUUAAAACGUUCGCUCGGUCUAGUCAUAUCACUGGCACAUUCUUCCAGAUAUAGUUCAUACUUAAUAGAGAUGUUUCAGGACUAAAGAUUAAGAACGUGUUUACAAAAUCAAAAUAUGUAGUUUCAUGGGAUAGUAUGAACUGAAGAAAAAGUUACUUUUUAAAAAAAAAAUAUGUGAAAUGGUCUUAAAUCACUACUAUUUUCUGGCAAACUGAUGCUCUGGGACUUUGUGCAAUGAUAUUGUAAGUGGACAGCAUUAUUGUGUUUUUUAAGGCAAUCUUUGUCUAGAAUCCAAAGAUUUUUGUCGUAAGAUCAUAGCAAAAUAUGCAAUAUGGAAAAAUGAAGGAGUAAAUCAUAUUAAAGAUGAAAAUGUUAAAUAUUAAUUUAAAUGCAGAUAAAUAGAAUAAAGUAAUUAAGAUGCAUAGUGUUUUUUUGUAAUAUACAGAAAAUGCAUAAUUCUGAUAAUUACUUACAAUCAAAAAUGAUAUAAUAAUUAGACUACAUGUUUUUCCCCAUAUUGCAUUUUUUAACAUGUAAAAACAUUUUCAUUCUGU